GGAAGUGGGUUUUAGAUGGAAGCACAUUUUGGAUGAAGUGUGCAGUAUAAAAACCAGGGGAUCGGAAGGGUUUAUUCAUCGCUGUUGUGAUUGGAAUUAUUGGUUUUAUGCUGUUGUGAAUUGGAAGGAUUUGUUCAUUGCUGUUGUAUUGGAGAAAUGGAGGUUCAAAUGAAGCAUAUUAUUAUUGUCCUUUUGGGGUUGCUUUUGGUUUCAGGUAUCACUGGCAUUGACAAGGUCCAUGGGGCUGGAGAAUGUGGGAGUACUCCCGUUGAGAGUGAGGCUUUGAAGCUUGCUCCAUGUAUAAUGGCAGGUCAAGAUGCGAACACUACACCCUCUGACAGGUGCUGCCUUCAGAUCAAGGAAAUUGGCAAGAAUCCCAGCUGCCUCUGUGCUGUUAUGCUUUCUCAGACAGCCAAGAGUGCUGGAGUGAAACCAGAAGUUGCUGUGACCAUUCCCAAGCGCUGCAACCUUGCCAACCGUCCCGUUGGUUACAAGUGUGGAGCUUACACAUUGCCUUGAUGAGGUAGCAAGGAUGAAGGAACACCAUGCGCCGCUGGGUAUUAGGGUACUCACUGUUAGUAGUAUAGCUAAUGGUGUGAUUAUGACUUCUUGUCAUAGCAGUAUGUGUAUCUAGCUAAUAAAAACUGCAAGUGUUCUUAGAUGUAAUGUGGGGAUUUCUAAAUAAAAAAAAAACCUAGUAUAUGAUUAUGUUUCCCUA